CUCGCGAGACCCGCUGGCCGCGGCCGCGCAGAGCAGCAGGAAGGGAGCGGCCGCGGCGGAGGGAGGACGCCCGGCCCGACUGUGCGGCCGGUGGCCCUGCUGGGCACGGAGGGCGGCGGUGGCGGGCCCCGCGGCCGGCUCUCAGUCCCGAGUCCGGCGGAGCCUAACGGAGCCCGGACCUGGCGGGGAACGCUGCACCCGCGGCCGGGCCCCCUGACCCCGCCGCCGCCGGCGCCACCGCCCAUCCUCCUCGGUCCCGGCAAUGGCCUUUGCAUCGCCUGGGGCACUUGUGACUGACUUGGACAAGGAAUAUUAAGACCCACUCACUUCCGUCCCGAUCCCGGCCGCACCGGCUCCUCUGGGCUCUUACCUGCUGCUCCUCCGGACUCUUCGGCGCUGGGGGCACCAUGGAACAGAGUGGGAUGGAGAUUCCCGUGACCCUCAUCAUUAAGGCGCCGAAUCAGAAAUACAGUGACCAGACCAUUAGCUGCUUCUUGAACUGGACCGUGGGGAAGCUAAAAUCGCAUCUCUCUAACGUGUACCCUAGCAAACCAUUGACGAAGGAUCAGAGAUUGGUGUAUUCGGGCAGACUGCUUCCCGAUCAUCUGCAGCUGAAAGACAUUCUCAGAAAACAAGACGAGUAUCACAUGGUCCACCUGGUGUGCACCUCCCGGUCUCCUCCCAGCUCUCCCCACUCCAGCUCUCCACACUCCAGCAGCCGUCCGGAAGGCUGUGAAGCGUUGGCAUCUAGUAGCAAUUCUAGUCCAGAUCAGUCAGGAUCAACAACUCCAUCAUCCAGUCAAGAAACCUUGCCGUUAGCUGUCAGUUCUUCCUCAGAAGGACUGAGGCAGCGUUCCCUCCCCCAAGCACAGACGGACCCCGCACAGAGUCAUCAGUUCCCAUACGUAAUGCAAGGAAAUGUAGACCACCAGCUUCCCGGACAAGCUGCUCCAGCCGGAUUCCCAGUGUACCCCGCUUUCAACCCGCUGCAGGUGCUGUGGUGGCAGCAGAUGUAUGCUCAUCAGUAUUAUAUGCAAUAUCAAGCUGCAGUUUCAGCUCAGGCCACAUCAGAUGCCACUCCUGCCCAGCCUGCGCCUUCACAGCCUCUAAAUUUGGCACGACUUCCUGGAGAAGAACCCCCACCAGCUGCUAACUUAGUGGCCCGAGAAAAUCGACCCAUGAAUGAGAAUGUUCAGAUGAAUGCCCAGGGAGGUCCGGUGCUAAACGAAGACGACUUCAAUCGAGACUGGCUAGACUGGAUGUAUACGUUCUCACGAGCCGCCAUCCUGCUUAGCAUUGUGUACUUCUAUUCCUCUUUUAGUCGCUUUGUCAUGGUCAUGGGAGCCAUGCUACUGGUUUAUUUACACCAAGCUGGAUGGUUUCCUUUUAGGCAAGAAGGAGGUCAGCAGCAGGCUCCCAACAAUAAUGCUGAAGUUAAUCAUGGACAGAAUGCAGACCACCUAGAACUUGAAGAAAUGGAGCGUCUCAUGGAUGAUGGGCUUGAAGAUGAGCAUGGAGAAGAGGCAGGCGAAGACGGCAGUGCACUCCACAGGCCUGGACUCAUGGCGUCCGCGUGGGCUUUCAUCACCAGCUUCUUCACUUCACUAAUACCAGAGGGGCCUCCCCAGGUCGCCAAUUAGAUCUGAAAACUGCCAGCUACAAAGGAAGGUCUGGCUUUAGGAACGUGACUUAAAUAACAGUGCAAUUUCAAAAAAAUUUAUUACUUCCUUUUCAUCAUCAUGUACAGAGGUGUUUUUUUCUUUAAGCUUCUCAUGCAUAUGAAUAGUUUAAGCACAAGUGAACUACUAAAUGUGUGAUUUAAAAAAAAUUCUAACAGAACAUAGUAUAACAACAUUGGUCUUCCAGGUUCUAUUAAUUACAAUUAUGUGUAUUAAAUCAGACAGGCCUA